AUGCCAGCUUCUCUCACUAUGCAUACAACGGAUUCUCAGGAGACCCUCACAUCAAACAUGGCUAGCACUACAUUACGACCUACCAAACAUGUUCACUUCGCCCCAGAAGUUUACACAGAGAAGAGACGCAGCUCAACUGCCUCGGACUCUUUCUCCGACUCAUACAAACAUUGGUCACCCUAUGCAUUGACGAGCCCUACUAUGCCUCGAGCACCCAAGAGUGCGCACAAUGAUAGCGAGGGGAGACACUCGAGCACACGACACACUAUUCCUAUCGGUUCAUCUCGACGAGAAUCUGUAGAGAGCUUCGACGAUAUCAAACGACGAUGGUCGAUGGAGUCCUUGUCCGAAGAAUCAUCCGCCAUCGACGCUGAGUAG